CCUGAGCGAGAGAGCAAGAGAUCAUCCGUCUACCUCAUCGUUGUGGUGGCUGUGUUUUUCCUAGCCACCUGGUUACCCAUCUUCCUGCACAUUAUCGUCUGUAACUUCCUGGGCUCCAGCUGUUACUCGUUUAGAAACGAAGGGAGCGACCCCCUCAGAGUUCUGCCCCGGGUGAACGCUGUCAUCACGCCUCUGCUCUACCUUCGGGGCUGCGCUCCGCUGAGGGAAACUUUGUACACCAAAGUCUGGAAAGCUCUCUGCCCAACAAGAAGAGUGAACCCAGAACCGAGAGAGGCGGCCAGUGGAUCACCUGUCAAUGUGGUUAAUGUCACCAGAGCACAGUCCUGAUCUGGGGUUAAUUUCUCUCUAGAAUCUAUGCGUGUUUCACCUCCUUUUAAGAAAGACGCGGGGGCGCUUUAGUUAUUACGUUAAUGUGAUGAUGGAGUCCUUCACCGGGCGUUACAGAAAACAGGUAGCACAGGGGUGUGAAGAGAGGGUGGAAAUGGAACUGCCAAAUCAUGCCAAACAAUUGCUGCUGCAGCUGAACCAACAAAGAGCCAAAGGUUUUCUCUGUGACGUUAUCAUAGUGGUAGAAAAUGCCCUCUUUCGGGCACACAAAAACAUUUUGGCGGCCAGCAGCAUAUACUUUAAAUCCCUGGUCCUUCACGACAACUUAAUCAACCUGGACACAGACAUGGUCAACCCGUCCGUGUUUCGACAGAUUUUGGACUUCAUUUACACCGGCAAGCUUUUAUCUACGGAUCAGACCAGCGACCAGAACUUCAACGCCCUCCUGACGGCAGCAAGCUACCUCCAACUCCACGACCUGGCCGCCCUCUGUAGGAAAAAACUGAAGCGCAACGGCAAACCUCUUCCCAGCAAGCCCGUGACCCCCAGCGCGGGGAGACCGCUCCGCAACCAGCGGCUGUCCUCCACGCCGGUCAUUCAGAACCGCUACUCGGGGUCGAGGGACGGUGGGAAGAAGCAGCACGGUGACCUGAUGAAGGACAAGCUGUCGGAUGAUGAGGUCUACGUCGGCAGUUCCACCCGCGAGAGCGCCAAGGCCUUGAAGAGGGCGGUGGGUAACAGCGGGAGCAACGGCAACAUCAGCAGCGUCGGCGAUCAGGAGCUGGGGCUGGACCUCUCCAAAAAGAGCCCUUCGGUGUGUCCUGCCCCGGAUGAGGUCAGCCCAAACAACCACCAACAGGAAUCCCCCCAAUCUGCCUCAGUGUCCACAGCCAACAGUGCCUCUUUUGAAGACUCCACCACGAACCCCCAAAGCCUGGACAGCGGGGAGCCCAUGGACCUGGGGGGAGGGGCCGGCGAGGAGACGAAGCCCCUCCCGGACACGGGACAGCCGCGCAAGAGCUCGCGCCACGUGGCCCGCAAGAAAGAGUGGCCCAAGAAGGAGGCCGCCUUCGACGGCAAGGGCGCGGGGGACGAGGAGCGGCCCGUGCCCAACGGGGUCAUCGUGGGGCCCAAGUCGAGCAGCGGGGGCAGCGGGGGCAGCAGCAGCAGCGCGGGCUACAGCUCGGAGCACUCCUUCCAGUGCAAGGAGGAGGACGCGGAGAACGGCAAGGAGAACAGCGACGAGAGCGGGCACAGCGAGAACGAGAGCGGCCACACGAGCGCCAACUACGUGUACCGGCAGGAGGGCUUCGAGCCGGUGGCCUAUGGGGACAACCUGUACGUGUGCAUCCCCUGCGGGAAGGGCUUCCCCAGCUCGGAGCAGCUGAACGCCCACGUGGAGACGCACACGGAGGAGGAGCUCUACAUAAAGGAGGAGGAUUCCUACGUGAAGGAGGAGGCGGAGGACCUGUCCACCCAAAAUUCGGCGUUCGGCACCGAGUCCCGGCCCUUCAAGUGCUCCGUGUGCGAGAAGAGCUACAAGGAUCCCGCCACCUUGCGGCAGCACGAGAAAACCCACUGGCUGACCCGCCCCUUCCCCUGCAACAUCUGCGGCAAGAUGUUCACCCAGCGGGGCACCAUGACGCGUCACAUGCGCAGCCACCUGGGCCUGAAGCCCUUCGCCUGCGAGGAGUGCGGGAUGCGCUUCACGCGGCAGUACAGACUGACUGAGCACAUGCGAGUCCACUCAGGCGAAAAACCGUACGAAUGUCAGCUUUGCGGCGGCAAGUUCACCCAGCAGCGCAACCUGAUCAGCCACCUGCGAAUGCAUACCUCCCCAACAUAAGCCAAAGACUUUCGUUUGCUAAUAACAAAAAGUUAAGUUAAUAAACGCGUCCAUACGCCCAUUUAGGGUGUAUGCAGGUGUCCAGAGAAUGUGCUUUCUCUGCUUUCUGCAGCAGGAAGAUGAAACAAACCAACAGAACAAGACGAGAAGCUUUUGAAAGAGUUCUUAAAGGGGUUGUCUUGCUUCAGAAAUAACCAUGGGUGCAAUGGAGCAUCUCUUCUAAUUUAAUACUUGCUGUGAAAGUGACUGGGUUACUGAAAUUGCAUCAUGACCACUGUGGGCAGACGUCUGUCGGAUCCCCAACAUCUGAAAGAAAGCUAGCUUGUUCUUCAUUCUGCUGCUUUCUUUUUUCGGCAGCAAAAUGGAGAUCAAGCAAGGUUUAUCUCAUUUGCCCAGAUUUUUGGUAGAUGUGACAUACUGCAGUUUUGAAGAUAAUUCUUCAGAUUCCACUUAAUUCCGGUACCUUGAUUCGUUUGUGCAUGCAUAUCGCCCUUCCUCACUGCCGUAGAGUCUUGGACAGGGCUUGAAAUUGGCCAUUCUCGUGGCCUUUCAGGAGGGGUGGUAGAGAGAGGACAGCACGGCGAGAAGGGACAGCUGCAUGCAUGUCGAUUCCAUGAUAGAAAUUUCCGAUUGAUUUAAGCUAAAACCCCAUGAUGUUUUUUCAGAGAUUCCCACCUGGCAGUUCGAACAGACAGGUGAGCGAAUCUGUUGGCUGUCCGAGAAGAAAGGUUCGUAUUGGUCCGCUGUGGCCUGGUCUGCCUUCUCUUUCCCUCAGGGGCGUUGAAGAGAAGUACUGUCCCGACUCCCUGCUCUGGCCUGAUGGUUAUUUCUGUGUCCCAGGAACGAUACCAUUCACCUUGCCCAUGGUUAGAAGCUGCUGACUUCUCCUUCUACAGGAGUUCUGAGAAUUAGCAUAUGCUGACCAGCAGGAUAUACUACUUAACAACAGGACACUCCUGACAGACAUCGAGGUUGAUUGGUUGCCUCUGAUGACACAGUGCAGGCAGACAGCUUCCCAGUGGCCAGGCCUGGACAACAACCUGCCCAGCUGCUCUCAUUCCAACAUCCUGGGGUGACUGCAGAGAAAUCGGAGGGGCUGCGUUUUGAGGAAAGGGCUCGAUCUGUGGAGUGGGCAGUGUGGACAGCGAGCCGAGGUUUCGGAGAGGGAAUGCAGCUCAGACAUCAGACCAUAGAAGAGCAACCAGUUGACGAGGAUGACUAUGGAUCGUGCGGGUGAGACGAAUAAAAACAAGUUGAGAAGCUAAUUAGGAUUCACACAGAUUCUCAUCGACGAUGGUGAGCGGGAGACCAAGCUCUGUAGUGUCCCACAGGAUUUGAACCCACAACCCUCCAGGUCAGACCCCAGAGUUCUAGCUACAUUUCACUGUUUUUUUCACCAAUCUGUUAAACCCAUGAUUUAGUCAUUGUGCAGGAAUGUCAUUAAGUUUGUGCCCCUCAGAGGUUCUUCUUUUCACUUAGAGAUGAAGGAAAGCAUGCACUGGUUUACUGGUUUGGGCCCAGAUAUUGCUUUUGAGCUUCUGGCCUCGAGACCUUUUACCUGUUCUUUCCCCUGGUUUUGGGAUUCCAAAUUAACACCAUCUUGAAGACACUGAUAAAGAUUUAUUACUUCUGUCCUUUUUUUUUGUACUGUAGUCCAGGGUUCUUUGGCAUGAAUGAAUAAUCAAAGCUUAUGGAGGCCCUCUGGUGUUCACUAGUUUGCAUUGGAAAGUAUAUUUGCAUUAAACUGAAACUGCCUUACUUGCACCCAUACAACACAGCACCAGACAGUAACACACAACAGUAUACUGUGGAUUUUCAUUGCACCUGUGAAGGCAAACAGGUAAUUGAGGUUAUAAAGGUGAGAUACAAAAAUGCAUGUGAUGAAAUUUAAGAAUUCAACUUGAGGGGGUUGUGCAAGACCUGUCAAAGCUUUCAGCUUCAUGUCACGCUCCAAGAGUUGUCUGCAUUCUGUAUUAAAAAUCACACACACCUUAACCGUAUAACCCAAAUAAUUUCACAGAAAAUAGCCCGGUAAUACUUUUAAAUCAUUUAUUUCAUAUAAUUUUAUACAAUUAAAAACUUUGUCAUGUCCUUCCCAAAACAUACAUUAUCCCAGAGAUACAUUGACAUUUCAUUUUUGUUACUAUCCCAAUAUAAUCACAAACACAUUACAGACAUUAAUGCAAGUAACUUUUACAGUGUGAAAAAAAAUUCACCAUUUAGGUACUCAAGGUAAGUCUACAUAAUAUAUUCCAGAAAACUAUUUGCAUAAAUUUGUUUAAAUAUACAACGGAUACUACAGUUAGGUCCAUGGUCAUAAAAACUGUCCUUGGGGACAAGGGACAAACUUCGUUCCAGCCUUUUGUUCCAAGUACAGCUAAAAAAAAUACUCCCAUCACAGAAAACAUCUGAAGAUCAAAAUUUACUCAAAAAUAAAUUAAAUGGAAUAAGUAGUCCUUCGAUGCCCAUACACUAGACAUGCAAGCAGAAUAUAGGAAGUGUUUUAUAUUUAAAGUGCACCACAUUCUGGACACUACUGAAAUG